GUAACGGAAGUGCGACUAUUGUUUAUCCGGCAGUGAGUCUCCUCGUCGUUGGAGCAACGAUGGCCAGCGCUACAGCAAAACAAGGUCCUAAAAUUGUCACCAAAACAUCUGCGGGAGGCACCGGGGCGGCGGGGGCUAGCGGUGGGCCCCCGAUAAUGCCCCUCGCCUCUCCGCUCAUGGGGAAAAAGAAGAAGCCGUUUCUGGGGAUGCCCGCUCCGCUGGGCUACGUCCCUGGUCUGGGCAGAGGUGCAACUGGUUUCACCACCCGAUCUGAUAUCGGUCCCGCUCGUGAUGCCAACGAUCCAGUGGAUGACCGACAUGCACCCCCAGGGAAGAGGACGGUUGGGGACCAAAUGAAAAAGAACCAGGAUGAUGAUGAUGAAGAUCUGAAUGAUACAAACUAUGAUGAGUUUAAUGGAUACGCCGGUAGCUUGUUCUCCAGUGGGCCCUAUGAGAAGGAUGAUGAAGAAGCAGAUGCUAUAUAUGCAGCACUGGACAAGAGGAUGGAUGAAAGACGCAAAGAAAGAAGGGAGCUGAGAGAAAAGGAAGAAAUCGAGAAAUAUCGUAUGGAGCGACCCAAAAUCCAGCAGCAGUUCUCAGAUUUAAAGAGGAAGUUGGCAGAGGUGUCAGAGGAGGAGUGGCUGAGCAUCCCUGAAGUGGGAGAUGCCAGGAAUAAGCGACAGAGAAAUCCCCGCUAUGAGAAACUCACCCCUGUCCCCGACAGCUUCUUCUCCAAACACCUGCAGACUGGAGAGAACCACACCACUGUUGACCCUCUGCAAGGGCUGGGAGGUCUGAACACACCUUACCCAGGAAGCAUGACUCCCGGCUUGAUGACACCAGGGACUGGAGAGCUAGACAUGAGGAAAAUCGGUCAGGCCAGGAACACACUCAUGGAUAUGAGGCUCAGCCAGGUGUCUGACUCAGUGAGUGGACAGACAGUGGUGGAUCCUAAGGGUUACCUGACAGAUCUCAACUCCAUGAUUCCCACACAUGGAGGAGACAUCAGUGACAUCAAGAAGGCUCGUCUGCUACUGAAAUCAGUGAGGGAGACCAAUCCUCAUCACCCGCCUGCCUGGAUUGCCUCUGCCAGGCUGGAGGAGGUGACCGGCAAACUGCAGGUGGCCAGGAACCUGAUCAUGAAAGGCACAGAGAUGUGUGUUAAGAGUGAGGAUGUGUGGCUGGAGGCAGCAAGGCUCCAGCCUGGUGACACAGCCAAGGCUGUGGUAGCCCAAGCUGUCCGCCACUUGCCACAGUCCGUCCGCAUCUACAUCCGAGCUGCAGAGCUGGAGACAGAUGUCAGGGCCAAGAAACGAGUUCUCAGGAAGGCCCUGGAAAAUGUGUCCAAGUCAGUUCGACUGUGGAAGACAGCUGUUGAGCUGGAGGAGCCAGAGGAUGCCAGGAUCAUGCUUAGUAGAGCUGUGGAGUGCUGCCCUACUAGUGUGGAGCUGUGGCUGGCGCUGGCUCGGUUAGAGACGUACGAGAACGCCCGUCGUGUCCUGAAUAAAGCUCGAGAGAACAUCCCCACCGAUCGCCACAUCUGGAUCACUGCUGCCAAGUUGGAGGAGGCCAAUGGUAACACUCAGAUGGUGGACAAGAUCAUUGACAGAGCCAUCACUUCUCUACGUGCCAACGGUGUGGAGAUCAACAGAGAACAGUGGAUACAGGAUGCAGAGGAGUGUGACAAAUCAGGCAGUGUGGCUACCUGCCAGGCUGUGAUCAGGGCCGUCAUAGGGAUUGGCAUUGAGGAGGAGGACCGCAAACACACCUGGAUGGAAGAUUCAGACAGUUGCGUGGCCCAUGGAGCGCUGGAGUGUGCCAGGGCCAUCUAUGCCCAUGCUCUGCAGGUGUUUCCCAGUAAAAAAAGUGUCUGGCUUAGAGCUGCCUACUUUGAGAAAAAUAACGGCACCAGGGAGUCUUUGGAGGCCCUGCUUCAAAGGGCUGUGGCUCACUGUCCCAAAGCAGAGGUCCUGUGGUUGAUGGGGGCCAAGUCUAAGUGGCUGGCUGAGGAUGUGCCUGCAGCCAGAAGUAUUCUUGCUCUGGCUUUCCAGGCUAACCCGAACAGUGAAGAGAUCUGGCUGGCUGCUGUCAAGCUGGAGUCUGAGAAUAAUGAGUAUGAAAGAGCCCGUCGACUGCUGGCCAAGGCCCGCAGCAGUGCCCCAACAGCCAGGGUAUUUAUGAAGUCAGUGAAGUUGGAGUGGGUGUUAGGGAACAUAGAAGCUGCCCAGGAGUUAUGCACAGAAGCCCUGAAACACUACGAGGACUUCCCCAAACUUUGGAUGAUGAGAGGCCAAAUAGAAGAGCAGUGUGAAAACAUGGAUAAGGCCAGAGAGGCCUACAACCAAGGGUUGAAAAAGUGUCCCCACUCGGGAGCCCUGUGGUUGCUACUGUCUCGUCUUGAAGAGAGAGUGGGACAGCUGACCAGAGCCAGAGCAAUCCUGGAGAAGGCACGACUCAAGAACCCCCAGAGCCCCGAGCUAUGGUUGGAGUCGGUCAGGCUGGAGUUCCGGGCUGGACUGAAGAACAUCUCCAACACACUGAUGGCCAAAGCCCUGCAGGAGUGCCCCAAUUCAGGUAUCCUGUGGGCUGAAGCAGUGUUUUUGGAGGCCAGGCCCCAGAGGAAGACUAAGAGUGUGGAUGCUUUGAAGAAGUGUGAACACGAUCCCCAUGUCUUGCUCGCUGUAGCGAAGUUGUUCUGGAGUGAGCGUAAGAUCACCAAAGCCAGAGAGUGGUUCCUAAGGACAGUAAAGAUUGAGCCAGACCUGGGAGAUGCUUGGGCUCUCUUUUACAAGUUUGAGCUGCAGCAUGGCACAGAGGAACAACAGGAAGAGGUGCGCAAACGCUGUGAGAAUGCGGAGCCCCGCCAUGGAGAGCUGUGGUGUGCCGAGUCCAAACACGUCCUGAACUGGCAGAAGAAGACAGGAGAGAUCUUAGCGGAGGUAGCCAGCAAGAUCAAGAACACAUUCUGAGACGGGGGAAAUUUGGACUGAAAACACCUGGAGGACUCUGGCAGUCACCAGGCUAGCAGGAAACAGCUAUGGACAUGCUCAAAUAUUGUUCUUUACCAGGACUUGCCCACCUGCGGCAGAUACAAAGUAUUCACACAUACCCCCUUACCUUUUUCACAUUUUAUUGUUGUACAAAAUUGAAUCACAGUUUGUGUACUUAUCAACAGAAAAUUAUGAUUUCAUGUCAAAGUGAAAAUAAAUCUCUACACAUUUUAAAUUUGGCUAAGUACCAAUAUAAAACUCAAAAUCACUGAUUAUAGUAGUAGCAACAGCAGUAUGUUUUUGUGGGUCGGUCUGUGGUCUUUCAGGAAGUAUGGGGACUGUCAGUGAACUGCAGUUUUCAAGUCCUCAGAUGGAUUGAGGUCUGGACCUCGACUCGGCCACUCCAGGACAUUGGUAUUGUUGUUUUUAAGCUAUUCCUGCGUAGCUUUGGCUUUAUGUUUGAGGGAUUUAUCUUGCUGUGAAGUAAACCUUCUCCCAAGUCUGUUACAGAGAAGAUUGUUUUGCUCACGAUAGAAAUAUGGUUUAGUAUUAUGGUCAAAAGGUUUAAUUUUGGUGUCAUUUGACUAUAGAACCUUCUUCCAGUUUGUUUAAUUCUCCCACAUGCCUUCUGGCAAACAUUAGCUCGGAUGUUGCGAGAAGAAGCAAACUGUUGGGAAAACAAACUGUUGAAGCUGCACCUAGUGAAUUACCCAGGCAACAGUUGUUUGAAUAAUUCUCUAAAUAACUAAAGAGAUACACACCCAUCCAAGUGAAGUGUAGUAAAUCAGCUUUAAUUUAAUCUUCUGACAACUUUUAAGUGGUGGCAGAGACGGUGCUUAAUUUUUGUUAUUUGGACCCAGCCCUGACCACCCAUGUUAAAUACAUGUGUUUACUGGUCUCUAUUGUUUGGCCAUGCUGUUGGGCCACGUGGAACUUUGUUUAACUGCUGCACAAGCCGUCGAUUCAGGUAGAUAUAAGCGCUGUGUGCCAGUUCUGUGUACCGAAUUGAAAUGGAGGGAAACCAUGCCAAACCGGCACUGUAUCGGCCAGGUUUUGGAGCGCAUCCACCUGUCGCUCCUUGAUUACACACGUGAUCUCCAUGCAACAUAUAAUGUGAAUUCUCAUAAUGUCAGAGCACCAGUAAUGAUAUCGGUGUGUCAUAGUAAAGGAGGUUAAAACUUUGAGGCAAUCAGUUAUUUUGUUUUAUAUUUGUACUACAUUUGUUUUGUUUUCACACCGACGUCAGUCUUAGUUUUUCUGCUGAUUAGUGUCGAAAUUCUGAUUUCAGCCAGUGUGGUUGCUGUGUAAAUUGUAAAACAAACAUGAAAAAGCAGAAAUGAAAAUUAAAACUUUAAAUAGGCACUGUAAGAGAGAACAAAACAAAACACACACAGGUUGAUUCCACCUUUACAGUAUGUUUGGACUGAGAUCUUAAGUGUCACUGAGUAUCAAGUGAUCAGUUGUUAUUGUCAGAAAUUGUGUUUAAAAAAAUGAGGAAUUUUAUUGUUCUAACUUGUCCAUGUGGAUAUGUAAGAGGUCCAGAUUUGGCUAUGUCUGUUUAGCAGUGUAUAUAAACUCCUUGUCAGGGACUAUUACAUGAUUUCUCAUGUUGUAGUAAUGACCUGCUUUUUUUUUUUUUUUUACAUAGCUUGCUUGAAAUGCGUUGAAUACUUUGCAGGCAUCCAAUAAACAAAGAACAAAG